CCUGCCACCCCCACGGGGACAGCGCCGGGACCCCCCUGGCGUGGCCCCCGUGUCCCCGGCCGUGUCCCCCGCGCUGUCCCCAGCCGUGUCCCCAUGUCCCUGGCGCUCAAGGCCCGGCAGCGGGCGAGGCGCAAGGGCGGCUCCCGGGAGCGGCUCUUCGGCUGCGACCUCCGCGAGCAUCUCCAGCGCUCGGGGCAGGACGUGCCGCAGGUGCUCCGGAGCUGCACGGAGUUCGUGGAGCAGCACGGGGUGGUCGAUGGCAUCUACCGCCUGUCUGGGGUGUCCUCCAACACCCAGCGGCUGCGGCAGGAGUUCGAGGCGCAGCGCAGCCCGGACCUGUCGCGGGACAUUUACCUGCAGGACGUUCACUGCGUCAGCUCCCUGUGCAAGGCCUACUGCCGCGAGCUGCCCAACCCCCUGCUCACCUACCAGCUCUACGACAAGUUCGCCGACGCCGUGGCCAUCCAGAUGGAGGAGGCGCGGCUGGUGAAGAUCAAGGAGGUGCUCAAGGAGCUGCCGGCGCCUCACUACAGGACGCUGGAGUUCCUGAUGCGGCACCUGCUGCGCAUGGCCGCGCACAGCGGGCGCACCAACAUGCACGCGCGGAACCUGGCCAUCGUCUGGGCCCCCAACCUGCUGCGCUCGAGGGACAUCGAGGCCUCGGGGUUCAACGGCACGGCGGCGUUCAUGGAGGUGCGCGUGCAGUCCAUCGUGGUGGAGUUCAUCCUCACCCACGUGGAGCAGCUCUUCGGGGACGCGCCGCUCCGAGGUGGGGACUGUCCCCGUCGCUCGCUGCUCCUGCCCGGGGGCGCCGCCCCCCUGCACGUCCCGGCCGCGCUGAGCCAGGGCGACGGCCCCCCCCAGAUGCGGCCCUACCACACCAUCAUCGAGCUCGGCGAGAACAGGAGCAAGGGCUCUCUCAAGGCCAAGAAGUGGAGAUCCAUCUUCAACCUGGGCCGCUCCGGGCACGAGGCCAAGCGGAAACCGGGGAAGGCGGAGGAGAAAGAGAAGUGUGGGAAGGUCACCCUGCGGCCGGCCAAGAGCAUGGACUCGCUCAGCUCCGGCCCCUCCGGACCGUCCGGCUCGGACGCCGCGCGGCUGCUGCCGAAGCUGUCGGUGAAGCUGCGGCCGCAGCGGCAGCACAGCUCGGACGCGGCCCCCGCGGCCCCGGAGCCGGCCCCGGAGCUGGACGAGAGCCUGGAGGAGCCGCUGGAAGCGGCGGCCGAGAGCAGCACCAAGUCGGAGCCCACCACCCCCAAAGCCCCCCGGGCGGGGCCGGGGGUCUGCGGCCGCUCCCGCGCCGAGAAAUGCGCGGGGCUCCACAUCUCGGGCCCCUUCUCGGUCACCGUCCCCUUCCACAUCACCUCCAACCUGUCCCGCCUCACCCGGGGGCUCCCGUGCCCCGCGCUGGAACGGGAACAGACCCCCGGCAGCCCCCCCGAGCCCGCCCGGGACCCCCGGCCCCGCUCCGAGGAUGCGGAGCAGACCCGGCUCUCCCUGGAGCUCCGCGACUCCUUCGCCUUCCUGGACGGCCCCGAGACGUGGCUGGAGGGCGGCGGGGACGCGGAGGCGGCGGCGCGGAGCCCCGGGACCGGGGAUGAGACCCCCGGGAUCGGGGAUGGGACCCUCGGGAUCGAGGAAUGGACCGCCGAGAUGGAGGAUGGGACCCUCGGGAUCCAGGAAUGGACCGCCGAGAUGGAGGAUGGGACCCUCGGGAUCCAGGAAUGGACCCUCAGGAUCGAGGAUGAGACCCCCGGGAUCGGGGACGGGUUCCCGGCCGUGGAGGAGGGCAUGGAGAGCGGGUUCAUGAACCCAGGUGAGCGCUGGGCGGAGCAGCCGGACAGUUACCUGUCCAUCGAGGAGUGCACGGAGCAGGACAUGUUCUUCCUGGCCCCCGGCGCCUCCGACCCCGACUCCGACCCCGACGAAAUCUUCCUGAGCGCCCACGACGAGCUCAGCCCGCUGGGGACCCCCGAGGGACCCCCGGGAGAGGGGACAGCCCUGGAGAUCCCGGAGAUCCCGGAGAUCCCAGGGACCCCAAAAGUCCUGGAGAUCCUGGAGAUCCCAGAGGCCCCAAAAAUCCCAAAAGUCCUGGAGGCCCUGGAGAUCCGUGAGAUCCCAGAGACCCAAGGGAUCCCAGAAAUCCCAAAUGUCCUGGAGAUCCCAGAGACCCCAAAAGUCCUGGAGACCCCAGAAAUCCCAAAGAUUCUGGCCCAAAAACCCCUGGAAAAGGACGGUCCAGGAGUGGGGGACCCCCGUGGGGAAGGGGGCGGAGGGGAGGGGGCUGCAGAGGGAGACCCCAGCCCCAGGAGGGGGGUGUGGGCGGCCUCACCACGGGGGCGGCCGGGGCCCUCCGGGCGCAUCCCCCGAGCCCCUGCGGUACCGAUGAGCCGGGCGGGGGUCCCUCACCCUGGGCAGCGCCCGGCCCUGUCCCCACGCCCCCAUCGCGACCCUCACCGAGCGCCGCCCUCUUCCAACAUGGCGCCGCCCUCACCCAAGAUGGCGGCGGGGCGGCGGAAGCGCCGCGCGCCUUCGCCGUCUAAGAUGGCGCCGCGCGCUGCGCCGCGCGCUAAGAUGGCGCCGGGCCGUGAGGGCGGCCCUGCCCGGCGCCAAGAUGGCGGCGCGGAACGGCGCGGCGCGGCGCCCCGGCCCAAGAUGGCGGCGCGAAGCCGGGCCGGGGCCGCGUGA